AUGAAUGUUCGAAGGAAAAACUACUUGCACACGUCGGAAAAGCCGAAGAAGAGAAGGAACCUACGAAGAUCAGAGAAGUUGGCAAGGGUAGCGAGGGAAGAAGCGCGUCCGAUCCUGCAAAACUCAACUAUUAAAUUUAUCCCUGGUGGAUGCGGUUCAUCAUCAUGCGGGGGUCCAGAAGUCGGCUGCAUUCAGGCAUACAACAAUACAUAUCAUUAUUGCGUCUGCACCACAGAUGGGCAACCUAUGAGAGAUGACGUCAUAUGCCCCCGUAGUACAGUACCACUAACACAAAGGAAAGCUAUUCACAAUGUAAUCCCACCAGUAACGUCAAAUAGUACGGAACCAAGAUACCCACCACCAUCACCCACCGCACAUGGUGCAAAUCCAUUAAUAAGCAGCGAAAUAACGGAAGCGACGGGCACUGACCCAUCAUACAUCGGUGGUAACGUCCACUCGAGUGCAAGUGCCCCAAUUAUCGUCACUAUGGUCGCUGGCUGUGCCUUCUUCCUGGUCCUAGUCACGAUAAUAGUAUUCUUCUACCUCAGAAAACGAAUCUGUGAUGUCGACGGAAAGGUCAAACCGCGUGUACGACCUGGCGAGCCUCUGCUUGCUGAACGGUAUAUAACGAACCCGCAGUACGGCGUCUGUGGUGCGGGGACAGUGGCGUCGCUGGUAUCUGUGCCUGGAUCACCAGCCCCACAUCACGGCAACGAGACAACGGAGCAAGAAGUCACUCUGCUGGACCGUAAUGCCCUGACGUUCCUGGAAGAAGUAGGGGAGGGGUGCUUUGGAAAAGUUCAUAAAGGUGUACUUCGCAUCAACAGCGGUGAGCAAGUAGUAGCUAUCAAAGUGCUGAAGGAAAGCGCUGGGCGCAGUGCCGAAGAAGACUUCGUUAGAGAAGUGUCAAUUAUGUCUGCGUUCCGGCAUCCUAAUAUUCUGAGUUUGGUUGGUGUUGUUUACAGAGACGAUAUCAAUGCUAGUCCAUGGAUGGUCUUCGAAUACAUGGAGUGGGGUGAUUUAGCUGGCGUCCUCCGUGGAUCGCGCGGUGGCGGCAGAGCAGGACCUACCUUAGUCGAACCAGCACUGUUGCACAUCGCUCUUCAAGUAGCGCGAGGCAUGCAGUAUCUAGCCUCCAAGCGUUUCGUACAUAGAGACCUUGCCGCCAGAAACUGCUUAGUAGGGGCUAAUCUCUCUGUAAAAAUAGCAGAUUUUGGAAUGUCCCGUGAUGUCUACACCUGUGACUAUUACAAAAUGGGUGGUGAAAGACCCAUGCCAGUGCGAUGGAUGUCGCCAGAAAGCAUCGUUUAUGCGCGGUUCACCCAUGAAUCUGAUGUGUGGUCGUAUGGAGUUGUGUUAUGGGAAAUUUACAGCCGCGGCAAACAGCCCUACUACGGCUGUAACAACGACGAUGCAACGAAACGCAUAACAAACGGAAUACUAUUAGUUCCUCCUGAAGAUUGUCCGCAGUUCGCGUGUAGACUGAUGAAGGAAUGUUGGGCGACGGAUCCCAGAAAUAGGAUUGGCUUUGACGAGAUUUGUAGGAAGCUCGAAGUAGCUGCUGCGGCUGGUGGGAAUGCUCAAAUACGGUUACCAAGGCCACCGCCACCCCCCCAAGACUCCACAGGGUAUUUAAUCCCAACUAAGACGACGUGUAAUGACUAUUUGAAGCCACUUCCCGAUUUGGACCCAGAUUCGGAAUUCAGCGAAGACGAAGACAUAGACGACGAUUAUACUUGA